AUGCGGGCCGAGGUCAUUUGUCUUGGAUACCGGAAUUUGCUGGACCUGAACUUCCAGGAUCAGAGUAACGAUGUUAUUCGCAAUUAUAAGGCUCCAGCACGCAAGAAGCGCCAUGUGCCGACACGUGUUGUAAAAUCUCAGGCAUCGGUUUCGACUGGAGUGCCCGUGGAUCCAGCCGAUCAUGGACCGUUGUGCAGCGACAAAACGGCUUUGAUCAUUCCAACGGCUACUCUUGUGUACUCUGUGGAAGAAAUUGCAAGGAGCUAUCUCUAUGUUAAUUACAUGACAGGAGGCUCCCGUUGCAGUUAUAUGUCAUAUCUACUACCUCUCAUGGAGAACUCACAAAACUCGGCAGUCAACGCGGCAGUCAAUGCCGUUGCAUUAGCGGCUCUGUCAAAUAUCCGACUAUCUCCUAAUACCAUGUUGAAGGCGCAGAAAGAGUAUACUACAGCCUUGUCUAAGACCAACUUGGCCCUGAAAGAUUCUGUGCUGUGCAAGACGGAUGGUAUCCUGGCAGCAGUGGUUAUGCUUGGUAUAUUUGAAGUCAUGACGUGUUCUGACGGCUCGUUCAUCGACCGUUGGGUGCAUCAUAUGGAAGGCGCAACAAGGUUGAUAGAGAUUCGCGGCUCAGAACAGCUUUCUCGAAAGGAAGGGCUAGAUUUAUUCACGCAACUACGCGCUCAAGUGAGCCUCAGUCGAAUUUACCAGGAGCGAUACAGCUCAUCAGUUUUCAAUAAACUAACUGAAAAAGUCCAACGAGAUCAGAAUCCCAAUGAUCAAAUCUUAGAUCAGCUUGCCACUAUAGUUACUCGGCUGACAGACCUUUGCGCCAACGUGACGAAUAGGCACAUUGUUAGCCCUACAGAAAUCAUCCGCACAGCUCUGAAACUCGAUUCAGAGCUGGUAUCACUCAUGGUCGGCGUGCCCCGUUUGUUGAGAUACGGUAUAGUCAACAUUCCAAUGUUUGAUGGGAAGCCCAUCACCAAAGCGGUCUGGGGUGACAGCUAUCACAUAUAUCAAAGCAUUCCCGCAAGUAGCAUGUGGAACAACUACCGUUCAAUUCGCAUCAUCAUUCAAGAGCUCAUUAUCAAUACCCUCAAGAAUCUGGAAGAUUCAGAAAGUGACGAUAUUGGACUUUCGCAACGCAGCAGCUUGGCAAGCCAGGCUAGCCAGACAGCGCUUCAGUUGGUGGAAGACAUAUGUGCCAGCGUGCCUUAUAACUUGGAUAUAGGGAUAGAGGAUGAUACCGACUUGAAAGGUUCUGCUCUGAAAGCCACACACACAUCUAUUAGUCACGGGUUAGAUAUGAUGAGCACUCUAUCACUCUUUCGAGCUUCGGGAGCUGGCGGCCUUACCACCAUGUGGCCUCUCUUGGUUGCUGCAAACUCAGGAUUUGCAUGCGAUGAGCUUCGAAAAUGGAUUGCCAACUGUCUAGACAAGAUUGGCCAUUCUAUGGGCAUUAAUCAAGCGCUGGCAAUGUCGAAAUUAAUACAGGAUGGGGUUCGGUCACGGGCAUUCCUGACACCAGAGUAUCGAUCUCAUCCUUACAAAUUAUAA